AUGUGAGUUGCUGAUAACCCCAGCCCUCUUUCUGCUGUAUUUAAACCAAUGCACCCACUUUAGUGUGUCCCAACUUGGAAACAUGUUUGUGCUUAAGGUGUCAGUGUUUCUGGGUUUUCUUCUGCUUGUUCUUGUCGCUGAGAGUCAUGCUGGUUGCAUGCAUGAGAGACUAAAAGCAGGUGCGACUCGUUGUCAGGAUAUUGUGGAUAAGACAUGGCAUCCCAUUGGAUCCAGCUGGAAAAACAGCAAGUGUAAUCGCUGCUGGUGCAUGGACGAUUUAAUAAGAUGUUGUGAUGGAUGGCCAACUCGUGUAUCUGGAGGCUGCACCAUUAAAUAUGAUUAUGACACCUGUACAUAUCAGAUUAUUCAUACAGAUAAAAGUGUUCCAUGCCGUGGUGUUGGAAAGUGAUUGUGUCAAGAUAAAUUAAGAUUUAUCACAAAUGUAUAAGGUCGAAUGUAAGCACAAAAAUAAUAUGAUGAUUACUUUAAUGUGAACAUACAGUAAAGCUACUGAACAAAAAACAAAGUUGUUGUUG